AUGGAUAGUUCGAGUGACAAUGAGGGUGAUUACGACGGAAGAGGAUCCACAUCGGAGGAUUAUAGAUUGUUGGGUCGGCAAGUUACGGUUCAUCAGUUCAUGGGUGCUGCUGACUUGCUCUUAUGGAGGAAGAGAAACCAUUCGUUGGGAGUUAUCGUUUUAUCAACCGUAGCUUGGCUUAUAUUCGAGUUUUCUGGAUUGCCUUUCUUAUCUGUUUCUUCAGAUGUAUUACUGAUCGUUGUCAUAAUGUCAUUCGUCCUUGCACGGGCUUCUGGAUUUAGGAGCAGACAUGUGAAUUCGUUACCAGAGCUUGUUCUAUCCGAGGAAAUGGUGAAUAGUGCUGCAGCUUCCUUCCGUGUAAAACUUAAUCACUUGCUUGUAAUGGCUCAUGAUGUCACAGUUGGCAACGAUUUUCGUCUCUUCUUCAAGGUUAUGAAGCCAGCCCUUUCAUGA